UUUGUGACCCAGUCAGACCUUUGUUAAACCUUUUAUUAGUUGGCAUAAAUAGCAUGGUUAUUGUUAAAAUGACUAAUGAGGUAAUAAAAGGUUAUGUAAACUCCAGAGGUGAAGUGAGAACACUUGUUGUGUUUAGGUGUGGGUGAUGUCAGGCUAAAAGUUUAGUAGAUUUUUGCUUUCUAUGACUUCUAGAAUUUCAUUGUCUGGCUCUUCUUUUCAGCUGGAAUGUUUUAUUCCUAUUCCUUGCACAACUGACAGUAGUGGAAGUUGAGAAACAUGAGAGGUGGGAAGCUUGUAAGUGAACCUCUUCCUGACUGGGAAAAUAGAAAGUGCUGUUACCUCAUUAGCUGCUUGCAGUGGAGAACUGGAACAGCACACAGAGAGACGGGGAGUCAUCUAUAGUCCUUCUUGGCCAUCCAACUAUCCUCCAGCCAUUAACUGCAGCUGGUACAUCCAAGGAGAUCGUGGAGAUAUGAUAACAAUUAGUUUCAAGAAUUUUGAUUUGGAAGACUCUCAGAAGUGUGCAGUGGACUGGUUGAUGAUUGGCCCAUCUUCCAAGAGGGAGGAGUACAAAGUGUGUGGAUCUUCCAUACCUCCAUCUUUCAUCUCUGCAAGGGACCAUGUGUGGAUAUUUUUUCACUCAGAUGCAUCAAGCUCAGGACAGGCUCAGGGAUUUCGCCUUUCUUAUAUUAGAGGAAAGAUAGGUCAGUCUGUGUGCCAGUCAGACGAAUUCCACUGUGCAAACGGGAAGUGUAUUCCCAGUACCUGGAAGUGUAAUUCCAUGGAUGAGUGUGGUGAUAACUCAGAUGAGAAGAAUUGCACUGUCCCUCCAACAGACCCUCCAUCCAGCAUCUGUCCCUCAGGAAUGUUUCAGUGCAGUGCAGGACACUCCACCAAGUGCUUGAUGAACGAGCUGAGAUGUAAUUCAGUUAAAGACUGUGGUGAUGGUUCGGACGAAGAUAAUUGUCCUGAUCUGUCCUGUGGCAAAAGGCUGGGGAAUUUUUAUGGAUCUUUUGCUUCUCCAGACUUAUUCCGUGCUGACCACAGCAGGUCAGACCUUCGUUGCACGUGGUAUGUGGACACGCAGGAUAAUCGGCAUGUUCUGUUGCAGCUGGAUUUGCAGUUAGGCUACAAUGACUAUGUGAAGGUGUAUGAUGGCAUUGGAGAGAGAGGUGAUAAAUUAAUGCAGACGUUUUCACACCACAACAACAGGCAUUCUGUGAGUGUGGAGUCGUCAAAGGGCCAGCUCACUGUCUCAUACCAUGCCCGCUCCAAGAGCACUGGCCAUGGAUUCAAUGCAACCUAUCAGGUGAAAGGCUAUUGCCUUCCUUGGGAGCACCCUUGUGGAAGUGAUGAGGAGUGUUUCACAGAUAAGCAGCAUUGUGAUGGCUGGUGGCAUUGUCCGAAUGGCAAGGAUGAGGAGAACUGUCCUGCUUGCCAGAAGAAUGAAUACCCAUGUGAAGGAAACAGUGGGCUUUGUUACUCAAUACUUGACCGCUGUAAUAACCAGAAGAACUGUCCAGAUGGCUCAGAUGAAAAAAACUGCUUUACUUGCCAGCCAGGAAAUUUCCAUUGUGGGACAAAUCUGUGCAUCUUUGAGACUUGGCGCUGUGAUGGCCAAGAAGACUGCCAGGAUGGAAGUGAUGAACGUAACUGCCUGGUGAUUGUUCCCAGGAAGGUCAUCACAGCUGCUCUGAUUGGGAGUCUUGUGUGUGGCUUGCUGUUAGUGAUAGCACUGGGUUGUGCAUUUAAAUUAUAUUCUCUGAGGACCAGGGAGUACAGAGCAUUUGAGACUCAGAUGACGCGGCUGGAGGCAGAGUUUGUGCGGCGGGAAGCUCCACCUUCCUACGGGCAGCUGAUUGCACAAGGACUUAUUCCCCCAGUCGAGGACUUCCCUGUCUACAACGCAUCACAAGUUUCUGUGCUGCAGAACAUCCGGACAGCCAUGCGGAGGCAGAUGCGGCGCCACGCGGCGCGGCGCGGCUCCUCGCGGCGGCGCUUGGGCAGGCUCUGGGGCAGGCUCUUCCACAGACCCCGGGGGAGAGGGCAGAUCCCCCUGCUGCCUCCUGCCCGCGCCUCACAGACCACCCUGGGCGAUGGAAUCAUCGGCACCGCUCGGAGCCGCCCCCCUUCCCCAGAAGGACCGAGCUCCGAGGCACACGGCCCAGCCAGGGGCCCACAAGGAGCUGGGUGUAGCAGCUUGCAGCCAGAGACUGACACGACAGAGCCAUCGCCUUCCAACAUCUUCCAGCAGAACACUUGCACAGCAGCACAUGCAGAGCCUGAGGCUGGACACACCGAUAAAUCCUUAAGUGCUGACUCUGACACGGAGCUUAAGCAGCCCAGUAAAGCAGAUACAGGAAAGGCUUUCAGAGAUCCUUUAUCUGAAAGUGUUACAGAAACGAUCCAUGGAGGGUCAGUAUCCAGGAGGACUGUCCCAGAGGACAGUAGUUUAAGUGGAAGUCAUCCACUGAGUGAAGAUCCAUGUAGAUUGCCCUUAAAAAAGUGGGAGUCUGGUUAUCCAGACAGCCCUAUGAAUGUUCAUAGCCAAGUGAAUGGACAAAACCAAUGUUGCCCUAACUCAUACCAGGAGGAGCCUUUGGGUGUUCAUGCAGCUUGUUGCCAUUCUGUGGAAGUGCCAAUGUUACAGUCAUCUACUUCCCUCUCUGAAAAUAAUACCAGUGAUGAUGAAUCUUUACUUGUUUGCUAAUAAAAUUUUUUGUUUUGUCCAUGUAAA